AAAAAGCCAUCUGCAUCAUAACCGAUUCAGAUUCCGUUGCUUACGUGGCACCACCACAAAAUCCAAUCGCGAGGGAAAUUAAAUUACCUCUAUUAAUAAUCGUUUUUCUCUUCAUAACAAUUUCCAUUUCAUUUUGUGAAAAAAAAAAAAAAUGAUUCAUUCAACCGAAAAUCCACCUUCUUAGCUGCAAAUUUUGUGAUUUCAUCGCCUUUUUCAUUUUUAUUAUAUCGGAGCUGAAAUUGGCGUCAAAUUCUUCGAAUACUCGCCAAUAAGCACUUUUGCAGUUAGUUUUUACCGUCUGAUGGAAGUGCAGGGUGCAUUAUAGAAGUAGCAGAGUAAGCUGAAUUUUCCUUGGUGAUUUCUGGUGCUAUUUAGUCAUCUUCUGGAGGUUUGGCAUUGUCAAGAUGGGUUUCAUCUUCUGCAAAAGUCCCCAGUUAAUAUUAUAGCUUGAAUGACUGACCAACAGGGUAGUAGUCCUGGUGAGAGGAAUGCUGAGCAGGCCAUUACUGCCUUAAAAAGAGGCUCCUAUCUGCUAAAGUAUGGGCGAAGGGGAAAACCAAAGUUCUGCCAUUUCCAACUUUCUAAGGAUGAGACCACAAUAAUUUGGUAUCCUGGCAGAAAGGAGAAACAGCUCCGAUUAAGCCAAGUUUCAAGGAUUAUACCUGGACAACGUACAGCAACAUUUAAGAGGUAUCCGCAACCUGAGAAAGAAUAUCAGUCAUUUUCUCUUAUCUAUGACAAAGGUUCCUUAGAUGUGCAGAUAUGCAAAGACAAGGAUGAAGCAGAGAUCUGGUUUGUUGCCCUGAAGGCAUUGACUUCACAGGGUAACUUUCAAAAAUGGAGAACUGGAAUUGGAAUUGAUAGCAUGUCAUCAGAUAAUUCAAGGACACUUACAGGAAGGAAUUCUGAAUCCAUUUUGUCAAGUAGCAGCUGUGAUACAAAGAAUGAGGAUAGACUACACUGUCAGAUAGUUCCUAUCCCGUUUGAGAGACCCCCUCAAAAAAGACCUGGAAGAGUUUUUUCUGACUUUUUACUGUAUAAUGCAGCUGGUCAAUGCUCUAGACAGAUAGAGUUUGUCACCAGUUCUCAUAGUCCACAACCACAAGAGAAUGUAGGUGAUCUUAAUGGGAAGAUAUCCACUGAUACUUCUCGAGUCAGUUUCUCCAGUGCCAUAAGUAGUUCAUGUAGUGUGGGAUCCUCUCUUGAAGAUAAUGUUACUUCAAGUGAUAUCUUCAUUUGGGGAGAAGGAACUGAGGAUGGAUUGCUUGGCGGAGGUGUUCAUGGAAUUGGAGGAUCAGUUUUUCCUAGAAAGGAUGCCUUUUUGCCAAUGGUUCUGGAAUCUAAUUUGGUACUUGAUGCUCAAAAUAUUGCUUGUGGCAAUGAACACGCUGUGUUAAUCACAAGACAAGGGGAAAUUUUUAGUUGGGGAGUGGGUUCAGGGGGGCUCCUGGGGCAUGGAGUAGAAGCCGAUGUCUCUAGUCCAAAGCUCAUCAACACUCUUAGUGGACUGAACAUUGUAUCAAUAGCAUGCGGAGAAUAUCAUACUUGCGCUGUGACACUUUCUGGAGAUCUGUAUACAUGGGGAGAUGGCAUCCAUAACUUCGGCCUUCUUGGGCAUGGCACUGAAGUUAGUCACUGGACUCCAAGAAAAAUAAGGGGUCAGAUGGAGGGUAUCCAUGUAAUUUCAGUAUCUUGUGGACCUUGGCACUCAGCUGCCAUUGCCUCAGGGGGUGAGUUGUUUACCUUUGGAGAUGGAACUUUUGGUGCCCUGGGUCAUGGAGAUCGUUGUAGCACAAAUGUUCCAAUGGAAGUUGAAACUUUAAAAGGACUAAGGGUUAUCAAUGUAUCUUGUGGAUUUUGGCACACUGCUGCUAUCAUAGAGGUUCCUUGUGAAUCAUCAAGUUCCAAUGUCUCUUCAACUAGAAAGCUGUUCACCUGGGGAAAUGGAGAUGAAGGCCAGCUUGGACAUGGGGAUAAGCUAUCUAGACUUGUUCCAUGCUGUGUUUCUGUGUCAACUGAUACAAACUUCUGUCAAGUAGCCUGUGGGCAUAGCAUCACUGUUUGUCUUACAACCUGCGGACAGAUAUAUGCCAUGGGGAGUGCUGAUUGUAGUCAACUUGAGAGUCCCAGAGACGCCGGUACAUUACCCUUGCGUAUCGAAGGUAAAAUAAAAAACAGCUUCAUUGAAGAAAUUUCAUGUGGCUCUCAUCAUGUAGUUGCCCUGACCUCGAAAUCUGAAGUUUUCACUUGGGGAAAAGGAAGAAAUGGUCAGUUAGGUCAUGGGGACAAUGCUGACAGGAAUACUCCUACUCUUGUAGAAGCUCUGAAAGACAAACUAGUGAAGAGAGUGAUUUGUGGAAACAAUUUCACAGCAGCAAUUUGUCAUCACAAACGGAUUUUUGUAGCUGAUCGCUCAAGUUGUUCUAGUUGUGACAAAUCAUUUAAUUUCAGAAGGAAACGUCAUAAUUGCUACAACUGUGGACUUGUGUUUUGUAGCACAUGUAGCAAUGAGAAAUCGUUCAAGGCUUCUUUUGCUCCAAAUAGGAAGAAACCAUAUCGUGUCUGUGAAGGUUGUUUUCGAAAACUGAAUAAGGGAUUGGAUUUGAGCUCUCGACCUCCCAAGGCCAGCUGUGGAAAGGUGUGUGGGGAUCUUGGUAAAAUUAAGGAGAAAGAGUCCUCUAAAGCUAAAUCACGUGGCCUACUUUCCAGACUCUCAUUCUUUGAUUCAUUUAGACUGUCUGAUAGUGGACUAUCUAAAAAGAACCAGAAGCUACACUCAAGCAGUAAUCAUAAUUCUCACUUUCACUCUAGAAGUUUUGAGUGGAACGGGUCUCAUGCAUCAAGUCCAUCAACAUCUAUCUUUGACUACUGCGAGAAAAUAAAUGCUUCGCUCCCAGGUUCAGCAAGGCAUUCUAUAGCAUCUUCUCCUCUCUCUGCAAAUUCAAGUCCAUAUCAUUCCAUUUCUCUUGCAUCAUCAUUUGCUAGUGUUCCUUCAGAAGAAGAAAUUGAUGAUUCAAAUCAAAGAAAUGACAAUCUCGCCGAAGAAAUAUCAGUUCUGAGAGAGCAGGUGGAGGCUCUCACUCAUAGGACUCAAUUUCUAGCAGCUGAACUUGAAAGAACAUCAGAUCAAUUAGAAGAGGCAAUGGAAUUUGUUCAGGACGAAGCAGAGAAAAAUAAUGCUGCAAAAGAAGUAAUAAAAUGUCUUGUGAGACAGUUAAAAGCCAUGGCUGUACGGCUACCUCAGGGAUCUUCCUGCCGAGCAACAGAUCCAUUUGCUGAUAACAUGUCCCAUGUUCUGAGCACUGCUUCUACGUAGAGUCAAUGGACCUUCUAGAACUUUUAACCAGUAACUGAGAAAUGAGCAGCCAUCAAGGAGAGGAAUAUGAGAACUAUCACAGGGAUGGAGAAAGUUUCAGCAUCUCUUUUAUCAUUUGUAAAACAAAGGCUGAUCCAGGUUUUGUAGUGUGUGAGCAUAUUUUCGUAGGAAAUGAUGGAAUUUGUUUCACUGUUAUGAUGAAGUUGGUAUAAACCGUUAAUGCUCUGGUAAAAUAAUAUCCAAUGGAAUAGGAACUGAUGGGGGAGUAGAAGAGGGAAAUUGUAGAUCAUGUCAAUAUUUUGAUGCUUACGGUGAUUUUGGCAGUAUUAUCAGUUUUUCUUUUUGAUAAAUACAAUCAAUCUGCACUUUCGUCC